GCUCCCCGCCCCUGCUCGUGCGCGGCGCUCCGGGACCAUGGCCGACCCUCGAGUGCGGCAGAUCAAGAUCAAGACCGGCGUGGUGAAGCGAUUGGUCAAAGAAAAAAUGAUGUAUGAGAAGGAAGCAAAACAGCAAGAAGAAAAGAUUGAAAAAAUGAAAGCUGAAGAUGGUGAAAAUUAUGCCAUUAAGAAGCAGGCUGAGAUCCUGCAGGAGUCGCGUAUGAUGAUCCCUGACUGCCAGCGCAGGCUGGAGGCCGCCUACGCCGACCUGCAGCAGGUCCUGGAAAGUGAAAAAGACUUGGAAGAAGCUGAAGAGUAUAAGGAAGCACGUGUGGUCCUGGACUCGGUGAAGCUGGAAGCCUAGCCUGGCCUGGGCAGCGUGCUCUCUGCUUCAGUCCUGGGGUCCACUCAACUCUCCCUUCCUUCCGACCUCUGCUCUGUGUCCAGGAGUCGCAGAAUGGGAUUCUUUUUAUGCAGUUGCAUAUAUUUUUCUUUGCCUAAUUUAAUGCAUCAAAUAAAUAAGCUCA